AUGGGUCUCCUUACCAUCGUCGAGGACCGACCGACGCCAAAGGCUGUCUACAACUGGAGAGUCUAUACAGCAGCGUGUGUCGCAUCAUGGGCAGCAUGCAUGAUUGGAUACGACAGUGCUUUCAUCGGCACAACAUUGGCCUUGCCAUCCUUUGUUGAAGAAUUCCGCUUUGCGGAGAUGGACCCCGCAGACCUAAACCUGACAAAGGCAAACAUCGUCUCGGUAUAUCAGGCUGGUGCAUUUUUUGGAGCUUUUGGAGCAUACGCAUCUAGCCACUACAUUGGCAGGAGAAUGUCGCUUAUUCUUUGGGUUCUCAUAUUCAUUCUGGGCGCUGGUAUGAUGUUGGGUGCUAAUGGCGACCGAGGUCUCGGUUUGAUCAUCGGUGGCCGUGUGCUAGCAGGCCUAGGAGUAGGUGGAUGCAGUAACAUGGUCCCAAUCUACAUUUCCGAAUUGUCGCCACCAGCUGUCCGUGGACGACUUGUUGGUAUCUACGAGCUCGGAUGGCAGAUGGGAGGCCUCGUUGGAUUCUGGAUCAACUACGGUCUCCAGGAGACCAUGGCGCCUUCUCACAAGCAAUGGAUUAUUCCUUUCGCCGUACAGCUCAUCCCCGCUGGCUGCCUAUUGCUUGGCGCUUUCUGGAUGCGAGAAUCACCUCGCUGGUGUUUGAGCAAGGGAAAGCGCGAGCAAGCACUGAAGGAUCUCUGCUGGAUCCGCAACCUCCCCCAGGACCACCCAUACAUCGUUGAAGAGCUUGAGGCCAUUGAUGCUCAGGUCGAACAUGACAGACUUACUGUUGGACCUGGUUUCUGGAAGCCGUUCCUUGCACUUAAACAACGCAAGGUACAAUACCGCCUCUUCCUCGGUGGUAUGCUGUUCCUUUGGCAGAACGGAUCUGGUAUCAACGCGAUCAACUACUACUCUCCAACCGUCUUCAAGAGUCUUGGUGUCACAGAAGGAUUCCUCACCACUGGUAUCUUUGGUGUCGUCAAGUGCGUUUUGACCUUUGUCUGGCUCAUUUGGCUGAUUGAUCGUCUUGGCCGUACCAAGCUCCUUAUGUUCGGUGCUUUGGGUGGCUCUCUCUGCAUGUGGUACAUUGCUGCCUACAUCAAGAUCGCCGAUCCAGCGAACAACCCCAAUCCCUCAGGCAAACUCUCUUCCGGGGGUAUCAGUGCAGUCUUCUUCUUCUACCUAUGGACCGCUUUCUACACACCCUCAUGGAACGGUACUCCAUGGGUCAUCAACUCCGAAAUGUACAGCCAGCAGACCCGCUCUUUGGGUCAAGCCUUUGCAGCAGCGAACAACUGGUUCUGGAAUUUCAUCAUCUCUAGGUUCACUCCUCAAAUGUUCAGUUCUAUGGGCUACGGAGUGUACAUGUUCUUCGCAUGCCUCAUGCUGCUCAGCAUACCGUUCGUUUUCUUCCUGAUACCUGAAACUAAGGGUAUUCCACUCGAGCGUAUGGACGAGCUCUUCACAAUCAAGCCUGCAUUCAAGGGUCAUGGUAUUUUGGUUGAGAGGAUGAAGGAGAAUGAGGAAGUAAACUUGGUAAUUAGGGAUGAGAAGGCGAGAGCGGAUGAACACACCGAGAUGGCAUAA